AUGCCGUCGUCCGUGCAGAUCCUGACCGGCUCAUGCUUUUUUGUUCCGUGCACAUUCACCGUACACCCGUAUUAUGACUACUACCUGGACAACACCUGUGCAGUCAUUUGGAAGUCCUUAGACACAAAUAUGGAAGUGUUCCACUCCAAGGUGACGGAGGAGGUCAAUGCCAAGUUCAACUUACUGCAGGGAAAUGUUGUUGGAAAUCUGCUGGAAAAAAACUGUAGCACCAUCCUGGAACCCAAGUCGUCAGUGCAAGCCGGCUCUUAUUACUUGAGGCUGGAGUGUUACUACCAACUUCGUUACAACUUUAAGAAUACAUUUGUUAGAUGGGACUUUCAAGACUCAGUGCCAAAACCCACUAUCGAACCUACAACGGUGGAGGUUGAGGAGGGUACCACGGUGGCCUUAAAGUGUCAAGCGCCAAUUUUUUGCCCGACGUCACCCCCGCUGUUGACAUGGGCGCCAGAGUUAGGCACUGUAAAGGAGGAAGUGGAAGCAAACGUCACAGCGGUCAUGACUUUUGACACCACUUAUCUGCACGACAAUGUUGAUGUGACUUGCAGCGCCGUCUACAGGAGGCAAGAGGGAUAUUCUGAGCUUUCCACGGAACAGGCGUUGACGCUUCGGGUUAAAUAUGCUCCUAAGGACACGUCAGUUUCGGCAUCGCCACCCGGCUCUUUGCCCGACGGCAGCGCCGUCACUUUAAAGUGCAACGGUGUGGCCAACCCGCCGAUCACUGACGUCAGCUGGUACCGCGUGAACGAUAACGGUGCGACACUGGUGGGUUCGGGCCAAGAGAUCACCUUUAAUGUCACCAAGCUCUCAGGGGACAGCUAUUAUUGUGAAAACCACAACAUCCGCGGAGCACAGUCUGCCGAGCCCCUCACCAUCGAUGUCACAUUCGCCCCCGAGUUCCUGAGUUCUUCCGACUGCCAAGCCAUGUCGAACGGCAUUCAGUGUUCCUGUAUCAGCCAGGCCAACCCGCCGCCUUUGCUGCAGUGGAAACUGUUGGGAGUGUUGGUCGAGAACUCCAACCAGCAUACUGUCACGGAGCAGUCCCUCGACAAGUUCACUCGCAAAACCGUCGUCAUCUUUAAGAGCCUGGACAGUGGAACUUCUCUUGUUUGCGCCAGCUACAACCAGUUUGGGCCGGAACUUCUAGCUUUCGACCUGCCUGACUCAGUUUGCGCUCUCGUUGUAGGUGUGACGACUGUGGUGUGUUCUGUUGUGGGAGUGCUGGCUCUGCUGAUAUUGAUUCUCGUGCUUUUGUACAUUUGGAGGAAACCCAAAUUCCACUUCCCAGCGAGGUGGAGACGCGCAAAUAGGAACGCAGGCGAUCUGACCACCAAUAUGAGCAACUUCCCAUGUGGAAAACGUCAGCAUGAGCAAACUGCGGUCCUGCCACUGACCAAGUCCAACGGCAUCAUAUGGGGUAGCAACUUAAAACGCGAACCCGAACCAUAA